GUCAUCGAAGGACUGUUCUGAUCAUCACCUCUCAUCAUUGCUCCUGAACUCCUUCAGAAUCUCACAAAGGACAACUAGACAACAGGAUUUUCAGCAUCUGCGCUUCACUAUAUCUACAAGAGCAUCUGAGGGAUUUGACUAAAUCAAGAUGCUGCUGAUCAUUGAAGCUCUUCUUCUCUUCUUAGCUGCUCUAGGACAGGAUCACAGAGCAGCUGCAGGACAGAUAUUUCCAUUGGAUAUGGCACUGAAUUCUGUUGACGACUCUUAUUACGGCUGUAGUAAGAAAAUGGCACAUCUGGUGAACACAAAAUAUCUGACGAAGGAGAUCAAGAACUCAUAUGCAUUUAAAACGAGUUGGCAAUUAGGUCAAUAUUUUGUCAACUUCCCACACGGUUACUUGACAAGGAAUCAUUUAAUCGCCAUUUAUGUGUACAGUGAUAAUUAUGUAUAUCGUGAUUUCAAUCUUGACACUCGUAAAGGUAAAAACCAGUUCAAACACAAAACAUACAAAUGGUAUUCACUUCACUUUCUGUUAACAGAAGCGAUACAGAUUCUGAAUAAAGCACAAAGAAAAUGCUAUUUCACUUAUCGUGGGACUAACGUUGAGUUUAAUAAGUAUGUUUUGAAUAAAGAGGUUCGUUUUGGCUCUUUUACAUCCUCCUCUCUUGAUCGUAAUAUAGCACGAAAUUUUGGAGCUAAAUCCUGUUUUGAAAUCUACACUUGUAAAAGUGCUGAUGUGACAAUAUAUUCUAAGUAUCCUCAUGAGAAAGAGGUGCUGAUUCCUCCAUAUGAGAAGUUUAUAGUCACUGCUGUCAGGACAAAAACAUAUCAGCCAAAUCUCUGGUGUGACACGGUGUACAUUUUGAAAAGCUCUGGAAAAAGAAGUGACAUGAACUGUGCUCUAGUAUAGAAACCAUCCAAGUACUCAUGAUUGUCAUUGAAAAAAAGUGCUCUGAAUGUAUCAGUUUCACACAAAUAAACAUUUGUUUACGUACAACAUACAUUUAUAUUUACAUUUAUGCAUUUGGCAGAUUUGGCUUACAGUGCACUUAUUACAGGGACAAUCCCCCCAUAGCAACCUGGAGUUAAGUGCCUUACUCAAGGACACAAUGGUGGUGACUGUGGGGAUUGAACCAGCAACCUACUGAUUACCAGUUAUGUGCUUUAGCCCACUACAUGUGCACACCACCACAUACAAUUCUGAAAUACAUUUUUUAUGUGACCCAAUUCAGUGGCCUCAAAGUGAUUUUAUAUGUGUCUCUAAUUCAUUUCUUCAUUUAUACUUACAGCUUUUUGCAUCACAUUACUGAACAAAUGUAGUGCUUUGUAUCUAUAGCAAACUGCCAGCAAAUGCAAUGUGCAAAAGUGCA